CUCAAGGAUAUAUAAUGAAAAGAUCAGGUCGCAAUAGUGAAGAACAAAUUCAUCAAUACUCAAUAAUAAUCUACUGAUCUUAACACAAUGACUGCCGCAAAUCAGGGUGAAACAAGGUAUCGACAUAUUGGUGAGGUGAUUCAGCUACAAAUGUAUCACCACUACAAAUAUCAACGUGCGACGAAGCACCUGCGGGAUUUGUACGAAGCCUAUCGAGCUGGAUCUCUUGAGGAUGCGGAGAAAGCUAUCUGCAGAAUCAAAGUCAUAAACUCACGAAUUCGCGAGUUGAAUGAGGAGAAUCGGCUUUCCAUAGAGUUUGGAAUCAUUGAUUACGGAUCUUUCUUAUAUGGUUGGGAAGGACGACAGGGAACUGCUUAUAUGAAGCGUGGCCUCGAAGACCUCUGCAGAAGAAAAAGAUAUGUUAAAGGCUGGAGUUGUCUUCCUCCCCAACACGACUUCCGCUACUUUGAAGAGCCGAUCUCAUAUCCCGGUCAGCAUCAGCCGGUGAUCUGGGAUAUUUUGAGUCCGUGGCUUCAAGUGCUGUGGAAUCUACAUAAAAAUUGUUUACACCAGCCAUUCAUCGGCGAUUGUGAGUUGCAAAUUCUGGAUUAUGCAAAGAACGGUGGCUUUUCGGUGCACUGUGACAGGAUCCGACAUCAUUAUCACGCCCUCCGUACCUUAUUUGUGGCUCUCAAAGAGAUGGCAUUCUUUUUAAAGAGAUGGCAGAUGAGACAGGAUGCUGCAUUUUCAGCAUGUGAGUAUGGUAUCCGGAGAGAAGAGAUGCGAAGGGUAUGUGAGUUUGAGGGACUUCCUAUUGCCUGGAUUCCUGAUAAAAUUGCCAUCGAGGGACAAGGCUAUACGAAAGUGAGGAUUUCAGGUUAGAUAGUGUAUUAAACCGGGCUUUCUGGUUGGAUAUAUAUUCUUGCAAAUGUAUCACUUAGAUUGAAG